GUUCAGGCUCCUGUCGGUUCAGUUACUCUGACCCCAGCAUCAUCGUGUCGUUCAGUCUAAACAAGAAUAACGGCUCAGAUGACUGGAUCACCCUGGAGAAGAUCCGAGCUCCUACUAACAGCAGUACGGUAGUCCAUCUCCUACCCCUGCCGGUGCGCUCCAAGAGGGAUGGAGUGCGUGUACGUUGGUCCCAGGAGGCCCCCCGGGGGCCCGAGGGCUAUGAGUCAUGCUGGGGCCUGGAUAACAUACUGCUGGUCAACGCUGCUCACAGACCCCCCCUGAUGGAGGAUAACCUGGACCCCCCCGACACAGCCAACUGGCUCUUCUUUCCUGGAGCCACCGUUAAGCAUGCCUGUCAGUCAGAGGGCAACGCCCUGUAUUUCCAUGGCAACAACGAGGAGGGUGUGGGCCACUCCUUCGCCUCCACCCGAGACAUCGACCUCCACCGAGAGGAAGGGCGGAGCUACUGGGAGGAGGACUUUGAAAGCACGCCCACCAAGUGA